GUAGAACACUCCCUGUCCAGAAGGGGGCGGCAGCAGCAGUUGUUUUUUUGUAUCAAUAUCAUAUUACAUGCGGAUGAAGUGUGAACGAGCCAUCAAACGUUUCUCCGCCAAACUGAGCCUUAAUCUUCAGUUUGAAAGCCAGUGUCAAAUCGAGUUUUUCACAUUACUGAUCAAGCACAAGAGGCGAUGGAUGGGCCUGUAGAUGGCAUCAAGCUCAUUCGGAGACUCAAGACAGAGCUACUGGAGGCUCUGACAGGAGAUCCAGAUAUUCUGCUUCAGCACUGCCAUGCCAGGGGCAUACUGUCCAACAAUGAGUACAACAACAUCAAGGACACGAACAUGCGUUCAAAACAGGUACGGGAAAUCUUGGAUUAUGUGAUUCACAAAGACAACAAGGCUGCUCUGAAUUUCCUGAAGUUGCUGAAAACGCAAGACAUGCAAGAGACAUUUCCUAAACUGCAUUUCCUUCAAAAGCUGCAAAUCAACAAACGCAAGAAACCAAAAAACACAGAGACGACAGCAAAACGACGUCAGGAAGUGGAAAACAAGCCGUUGCACUCCAGGAUGGUGAGCGAGAAGGAGAUGAUGAUGGUGGCUGGCUGCAUCGGGAACAGCUGGAGGGAGGUGGGGAUCAUGGCACUGGGUAUGAACACCACCACUCUUCAGCAGAUCGAGGAGGACAACAGCCAACACAAAAUGCGGGUUUUCACCAUGCUGCGAAAAUGGAGCAUGCGUGAGAGGGAACAAGCCACGGCAGCUCAUCUCCAUUCUCUGCUAACCCAGGAAGAGAACGGCCUGGACACUCUCAAACUCAACUUCCUGUUGGAAAACUGCUGAGGCUGCUAAGAGGAGCCAUCAAAACCCAGAAGACUAAUUCAUGAAAAAAAUGAAAAUUCUGUGAUCAUUCACUCACCCUCCACUUGUUCCAAACCUGUUAGAGUUUCUUUCCUUCAGCUGAACAUAAAAGAAAAUGUUUUGAAGAAUGUUGGUGACCAGACAGUUGACGGUAGCCAUUGACUUCCAUUAUGUUUUUUUACAUACUAUGGAAGUCAAUGGCUACCGUCGACUCUUUGGUUGGCAACAUUCUUCAAAACAUCUUCUUUUAUGAGUAAAUUAUGACAGAAUUUUAGGCGAACUAUCUCUUUAAAAAUCCAGUUAUAAAAACCCAUAUGAAAAUCUCAAGGGAACCCAUGGUGAAUUAGUCCUCUGGGUUUUGAAGUUGACAGCUGCAGCACUUUUUAUACAUGUAGCACUUGCAGACAUGCAAAUGUAACACUAGAGGGAACUAUAACUGCUUGUCAGUUCUAUUAACCUUUUUCAUAUUUUGAUUGUUUUUUUUCUUUUAGUAAAUGCUCUGUAUAAGUCAGAUGCAUGCUUGAAAUAAUAGGGCAACUUUCAAACGCACCUAGCUAAAAUGUGGGCAUUUCAAAUAUUUUUCUUAAACUUACUGUGCAAACUUUUUUUUUUUUUUUUUUUGCAAAUAUCAUUGUCAAAUAAGCUAAGAUUAAAAAACAAUGUAAUGCAUUUACAUUUGUAAUGCUUUUUUUUUGUAAUGCUUUUUUUUUCAAAAAAGGUUCUAGACUGAGUUAACUGUCCAUGUCAUUGUUUUAUUCCAAUGUUUUAUUUUUUUAUGGCAUUAUUACUUGAUUGUUUUUCUCUCAAGCUUAUUUUUUCCUGAGAGAUCAAGUUCCAUUCCUACUUUUUUAGAUUGCACUUCAGCUUGUGUUUGCUUUCUGAUGGUACAAAUUGCAUUAUUUGUAUUGUAGCAUUCCAUCUUAAUGCAUUCUACAGAAUAAUGUUUUCCUUUACAAGUAAAUAAAUGUGAAAGCUUUUAUCAAAGUCUUAAAACUUGAACUGAUUCCAUGAACGGAUAAGGGAGACUCAUGUUUAUGACGGAAGUUUAAAAAGUUUUAUGUUCCAAUAGAGAACGCUAUCUGGCAACAUAACGGCGACCUUCGCUCUCUCGGCAAAUAUCACGUUGUUUCACCCUGAUGCUUUUUCACCCUGGUGUUUCACCCUUGUUCACCCUUGUUCACCCUUGUUUUGCCUGCCAAGCAGGUGAUAGGAUUGAAGGCGGAGCUUUGUACUAUUCCACUGCACAGGCUUGUCAUUAAACAGCAUCUAGUCUUGCCAGACUUCAUGGAAUCUUUUGCUUUGGGAUUAUAAUACUUGUUUUAUUUGAUAGAUUGCAACCUGGUGAUUUCAAAUUUGUUAUCAUGCUUACAUGAAUUGCAUUUCAUGUUACUUUUUUUCCUGUUAUUGUCCUUUUUUUGUAACUUUUUGCACUGUUUUGUUACUUAAUGUACUUUUAUGUCUUAUUACUGUUUUGCAAAUUGAUCAUGUUUCUGGUGAUGGGUUAUUUGUAAAAAAAAAAAAAAAAGUCAUAAAAAUAAAUAAAAAAAACUA